UUGAGCCGGUGAUUAGGGAUAGGUUUAUUUUCUACUCGUGGUGUGUAACUUGGCAACAAUGAAUUUAUUUUUGGUGGGAAUUGUAGUUUUGGUGAGUGUGUUGGAAGCGCUAGCCCAGGAUGAUGGAAAAUAUCGUCCGCCAGCAACCACGAGUACAGCUCGUCCAACCACGAGGUACCAAACGUAUCGUCCUUUUGAUCAGUCGAGUCGAUAUCGGAACUAUGGAAGAUAUUACGGACAAAACGCAGGUCGUUACGUGGGAGGAAAUGAUGGCCGGUAUGUGGGUGGCAAUGAUGGCCGUUAUUAUGGCGGAAACGAUGGACGCUACGUGCAUGUGGAUAACCGAUACAAACAUACCGGAGACGGUGAUCGAGGACAGUACGUCCAUGUGGCAGGCCGAUCAGGAGUUGAUGCCCCGAGUGCUGGAAGUUCGAUUGUCCCGGAAGCACCAGUUACGCAACCUCCAACCCCAGCAUUUGUCCCAACGACUGCGAUUCCAAUUCUAGCCAAACAAGCACAGGUAAGAACUGCACCACGACCUGUUCCUGGAGAUGGAUGGAAGAUUAUUCGCCUGGAAAAUCAAGUUCGAGGAGAUGGCUACAAUUAUGUCUUCGAAACCGAAAACGGGAUCAACGCAGAAGAAUCCGGAAGAAUCGAACCAGAUGGGCAGGGAUCGGAGGGGUUGCGGUCCCAGGGCUUCUACGAGUACGUGGGUGAUGAUGGGCAACUCUAUCGGGUGGACUAUGUAGCCGAUAGUAAUGGAUUUGUGCCGCAGGGAGAUCACAUUCCCAAAGUUCCUCCGGCGAUCGAGAAGCUGUUGCAGUAUCUCGCGAGUCAGCCGAAGUAGAAAAAGAGGGAAACAGGUUUUUGCUUAGCUCGAAGAAGAUCAUCCGUGAAACUUUCAGUUUAUCAUUUCAAGCUUCCCUUCUCGAUGGAUAUCCGAUUUAUAACAGUUGGAAACCAGUUGUAGUCGAUCGAUUUUGAAGCGCCUAAAGUUAUAGUUUAAAUUUUUGAUUCGGAGUUUAGUACUGGGAAAACUUAGUAGCGGAUGCAUAGCUAUUAUUUAGAACAAUGUUGAUAUGCAGGAUGGUUUUGUAUGUAGGUAUAUGAUAUUAAUGUCGGUUGGUAGAAACACAGAUGGAAACAAAAAUAAUACUCAUAAUUCAACUAGAACUAAUAAAUUCAUUUCAGACAGUCAAAAUAAAAUUUCUAUUUUCGAUUCAUAGGGAUAUAUUGAAAACUGUUCGGGAUGUUGUAAAAUAACAACAAUUUUAACAAAUUUAAUAAAUAUUAUAAACAUUGAAAAACAGUACUAGAGCAAAUCUCAUCAGAAUUUCCUUCACUGUUGCUUUUUGACAAAAUAAAAAAGAACGAGAAUUUAAAAGCUUAAA